AUGGCCAUGUCGGGUUUGUUCCCGCCGCAGCCUAUCCCACCUUCGCGAACUGUGGCUGAUUUUGUGUUGCUAUGGUAUAGUGCCCCUAUCCUCGGCGAAAAUUGGGCGAAAAUAAGUGAUCCAGUUGAGCGUCGACGAGCUCAAAAUCGAGUUGCUCAGCGAGGAUAUAGAAAGCGUGAGUAG